CGAAAACGGGCGGGGAAUGAACGUCCAUCAAUCCCGCCUGUAAUCCGUCUCUCUUUGGCGUCCCGUUAAAGCGAUUACGGCCAACGAGCCAGCAACAUGGCGACAGAGUUCCACAACCUGCAGGAGCUGAGACACAGCGCCUCUCUGGCCAAUAAAGUCUUCAUCCAGAGAGAUUAUUCAGAGGGAACCGUCUGCAAAUUCCAGACCAAAUUCCCCUCCGAACUGGACAGCAGGAUUGAGAAGACUCUGUUUGAGGACACGGUGAAGACGCUGAAUAAUUACUAUGCGGAGGCGGAGAAGAUCGGGGGCCAUUCCUACCUGGAGGGCUGCCUGGCCUGCAUCACUGCCUACCUCAUCUUCCUCUGCAUGGAAACACGCUACGAAAAGGUCCUGAAGAAGAUCUCGCGUUACAUUCAGGAGCAGAAUGAGAAGAUUUACGCUCCCAGAGGUCUGCUUAUUACCGACCCCAUAGAGAGGGGCAUGAGGGUCAUUGAGAUCAGCAUCUAUGAGGACAGAGGCUCCAGUGGGUCCAGCUCAGGCAGCAGCACCACCAGCAGCAGCGGACGAUGAUGCUCACACACACACACACACACACACACACACACACACACACACACACACACACACACACACACACACACUCACACACGCGUGCACAGCCUAGGGCCUGACCGAUUUAUCGCUUGGUCACUAAAUUGGCUGAUAUUAAAUUUCAGUGGUUUUAUCAGCUUUGGGAGAAAUUCCACUGAAAAAUCACCACAUAUGUUACUGAUAAUGUUAAAAUAUUACAUGUUAUAAUUUCUCAUUCGGGAAGCUAACACCGCUAACAGCUAUGAAACAUGCUGUCGGGCACUAAGGAGCGUUAAAAACUCACAUUCACAUUCAGAUGAGAUCUUGUGAGAUCUUGUGAAUUUCCCCGCUGUGGGACUAAUAAAGGAUCAUCUUAUCUUAUCUUAUCUUAUCUAGAUCGAGCAUGCUGGGUGGAAGCAGUGCAUGUAAUCUGGAUUACAAAAAUAAGGUAUUUGUGAUCAGAGUGGGAUUCCUUUAGAAAUACACAUAUAUUCAGAUUACAGUUACUCUUCUGUUGAUUGUAGGAUGUCUGCCUUCAUUUAGUCUGAAUUCAUCAUGAAUGUUUAUGUCCCAUUCUAUUUCUGUUGAUCGUUUUUUUGUAGUCUGGGCUCCCGAGUGGUGCAGCCAUCUCAAUAUUGGAUGCUACAGCCUACAGUCUGUGGCCAGGAGUCCAAAAGAGCACAAUUGGCCUCGCUCUGUCUGGGUGUCUCCCCCCAUCACUCAGCGCAAUGCUAGUCAGCGCAGACGUAUGUGGUGGGCUGUCCAAUGAUGUUACCUGAGCGGCAGUUUCCCGCUUCACAGUUCUUGGAGUAAGCCUGUGUUCACCCUCCAAGCACUGGUGGUAUCGUGUGAUGGUGGGAGUCCUAACUAGUGGGUGGAAUUGGAGACUACUAAACUGGGGAAAAAUUGGGGGAAAAUUGAAAAAUGAAUGAAAUAAAUAAUAAUAAUAAUAUUUUUUUAAACCACGUUUCCUGCUGGCUGAUUUUUGGACAGUUUAUUUAUUUUCUAAAAUGUUCAUAUCGGUCAGGCCCUAAGACCGCCGCUUCUCUCCAGGACACCCACACCCACACAAACACUCACACAUAUGCCUUUUGCCUUCAUGCUCCACAAUCCAUGAGUGGUUCUGCCCAAACCAUUCGACCACAACCAUCCACAGCACAAGUCAACAAACCGGACUGCACCGAGAACGGCAACUCACUUCAGCUGUUCCAGAC